AGCUGAUCUACGGACUCUUCACCGCCCGCGCCCCCGCGCGCGGCGUCAAGGGAAGUUUGCGCACCGCCUACUUAAAACUAUUUUUUUCCUUUGCGACUUGCGACUACCUAUCGAUCAUCCUUUGCUGCCUACGAUAGCCAUGAGUCAACCAAAUCCCUACAUCCUCGCGGCUGAUAAUCCUACAGCGCUAUUGAAUUUGCUCCGCUCCAACCCCUCUCUGGCGUCGGGUCAGGACGAACAUGGGUACUCUCUUCUCCAUGCUGCUUCUUCGUACGGCCAUAUCGAUCUGCUUCGCGCAUUAGUACGCGAGUUCAAUGUCAAUAUCAACUUGACCGACGAAGAUGCUGAGACAUGCCUUUUCGUCGCCGAAAAUGUCGACAUCGCAAAGUGUCUAGUUGAAGAGCUUGGUGUGGACUACAAUCACAAGAAUGACGAGGGGUUAACGGCGCAAGAGACGAUCGAGAACGACGGUUCUUUCCCAGAUGUUGCAGCCUAUCUUAGGGAAGUCUCAGGCUCUGGUUCCAGCGCUGCAGCCCAACCCACCGAUGCCUUACAUCCUGCGCCGCCGUUGCCUCCAAAUGUCAAAGUGAAUGUUGGAACAAUGUCAGAAGCGGAAGCAGAGGCAGACAUCAUGGAUCCUGAAUUCAAGAGACGGAUCGAUGAGCUAGCUGCCAGGGAAGAUUUCCACAGUGAGUCUGGACAAAGCCAGCUGCGAGAGCUGGUCGCAGAUGCACUUCGCGGAGUCAACAUUGAGACACGGGAAAGAGAUCAGCGGCGGCGAUUGGAAUGAUAAACGGCGGUUUGAAUUCAGU